AUGGUCGCCUACCGGCCGAAAGUCUGCGACGUCGCCGUGCGGUACAAGAAGAGAAUCGUGAAUGCCGCUGCGGAGGCUCCAGAGACGUAUCCUCAUCUUGCGCUGUACCCGACAGAAGAUGCCAAGGCUUUGAUUGAAGGUGGCCUGGAGGGAGCCGCUGAGAAGACUCGCCAUGUCAAGCUUCUGGGCGGGAGGGAUGUCUAUGAGUUUGCGGAGUUCGAUCCCAGGAUCUGCGAGAGGGUGACGAGCCAUGAGAGUCCGAAUGCACGCAAUGAUACGGCGCCAUGGAUGGAACCAGAGGACAUCUUAGGUCGACGUUGUACAAGCGCAUCGACGGGACGAUAG